CCUCUCUCUCUCUCCUCUCUCUCUCCCUCUCUCCUCUCCAGAGAGCGCAGCUCGCAGUCCUCCGCUGUCCCGGCGUGCCCGUGUUUAUCAUCCCAGGGAAGAUGGCGGGCGACAGUGACAGCAGCUCCCAGCCUCCUGGCUUUGCAGAGAAAUUAAAAGCGUGGCUUUCCUGGUCAUGGACGUACCUGUGGCUCUUGUGGUUUAUUAUGCUUUUAUUUUUGAUCUACAUCUUGAGAACCCCGCUGAAGCUCCAGGAAAGCCUGACCACAGUAACCGUGUUUCUGAACACACUCACCCCGAAGUUUUAUGUGGCUUUGACUGGAACCUCGUCUCUAAUCUCCGGUCUCAUUUUGGUAUUUGAGUGGUGGUACUUUCGGAAGUAUGGCACCUCCUUCAUCGAGCAGGUGUCUGUGAGUCACCUGCGGCCGCUGCUCGGAGGUGUGGAGAGCAGCAGUGCCUCGUCCAAUUUGUUCACUUCCAUUAACGGAGAGCCAGAACCUGGCCACCCCAGUGUCUCAGAAUGCAAAGUUUGGAGGAACCCACUCAAUCUUUUCAGAGGAGCUGAAUACAGCAGGUACACGUGGGUAACUGGAAAGGAGCCUCUAACUUACUAUGACAUGAAUUUAUCAGCUCAAGACCACCAGACCUUCUUCACCUGCGAUACAGACCAGCUUCGACCAGCUGAUGCAGCAAUUCAGAAAGCAUGGAGAGAGAGGAAUACACAAUCCAGGAUCAAGGCAGCGUACCAGGCUAUCGAAAUAAACCAGGAGUGUGCCGCUGCCUAUGUCCUGCUGGCUGAGGAAGAGGCCACGACCAUCACAGAGGCAGAGCGACUGCUCAAGCAGGCUUUGAAAGCUGGCGAUGCGAGCUACAGGCGGAGCCAGCUGAUUCAGCACCACGGGGCACAGCAGGACACACAGUACAGAAGAGACACAAAUGUACUGGUGUACAUUAAACGAAGAUUGGCGAUGUGUGCGCGCAAGCUGGGAAGAAUUCGUGAAGCAGUAAAAAUCAUGAGAGAUUUAAUGAAAGAGUUCCCUCUGCUUGGCAUGUUAAACAUACAUGAGAAUUUACUAGAAGCUCUGCUGGAGUUGCAAGCGUAUGCCGAUGUGCAAGCUGUCCUGGCCAAAUAUGAUGAUAUCAGUUUGCCAAAGUCGGCGACGAUAUGCUACACAGCAGCGCUCCUCAAAGCCAGGGCUGUUUCGGACAAAUUUUCUCCAGAGACAGCCUCGAGAAGAGGGCUGAGCACAGCGGAAAUGAAUGCCGUGGAAGCCAUACACCGAGCGGUAGAGUUUAACCCUCACGUACCAAAGUAUUUACUAGAAAUGAAGAGUGUGAUACUGCCGCCAGAGCACGUUUUGAAGAGAGGAGACAGUGAAGCGGUGGCCUACGCCUUCUUUCACCUGCAGCACUGGAAGAGGGUAGAGGGAGCCCUGAAUCUGUUGCACUGCACAUGGGAAGGCACAUUUCGGAUGAUUCCUUAUCCUUUAGAAAAGGGGCAUCUCUUUUACCCAUACCCAGGCUGUACAGAGACGGCCGACAGAGAACUGCUGCCAUCCUUCCAUGAAGUCUCUGUGUACCCCAAGAAGGAGCUUCCUUUCUUCAUCCUCUUCACAGCAGGCCUGUGUUCUUUCACUGCAAUGCUAGCGCUGCUCACACACCAAUUCCCUGAGCUAAUGGGAGUCUUCGCUAAAGGCUUCUUCAGCACCCUGUUCGCUCCCCUAAACUUUGCCAUGGAAAAGAUUGAAAAUUUCAUGCCGUCCAGCUUUUGGCACCAGCUGACCCGAAUCUGACACUAAACAGACGGGAAGGAACCUCCCCCCGGCAACACAAGGUCUGAGCUCCAGCAGACACUCAGGCAGAGCGCACUAACCCUGCCCAGAGCAGCGGACAGGAUCUGCACAGCUUAUACACUGGAGUAGAAGGACUGCCUGUGAGUUAAACUGUGCAAGUGAAAACAAAUAAACUCUGUGUGACCCAAGGAUUAUUUAAAAAUAAUGCCCUCCCCCAUUAACCCUUACAGUACUUAAAAAAAAUAUUUGUACAUUUGAAGUGUAACUUUUCAGUUAACUUCAAUGAGUUACAAUGUAGGAUUCCUGUCCUGCUGAAGUAAUACAAUACACACUCCAUAGCUAUUGGGACAGAUGAAUAAAUUCACCAGGAGAGAUCAUCUGGCCGACUGUGGCCAGUUUUGUGGCCUGAAAUUAACUUUGGAAACAGUAACCACCUGACCUGUGAUUUAAAGAUUUCAUGAAAUAUUGAACGGAAAUUGUUUUUGCAGAUCACCCAAAAUAAUAAUAAUAAUAAUUUAGACUGCAUGGUACAGGUUUGUUCAUUCGUACUGUGUUCAUAUGCUUUUUAAUAUCUAAUAUUUGAAAGGAAAUGUUGCAUUUCAUAAUAAAAUCCCACGAUACUUACAA